AUGCAUGAGGAUCGUUGGUACUUCUCAAAAGAGCAGCUGGAGAAUACACCCAGCAAACGAUUUGGCAUCGAUGCUGAUAAAGAGCUGUCAUACCGACAGAUUGCUGCCAACCUCAUUCAAGAAAUGGGCCAAAGGUUGCACACCACCCAACUGUGUAUAAACACUGCCAUUGUGUAUAUGCACCGUUUCUACAUGUACCACCCCUUUACGUUAUUUCAUCGCAAUGCAAUAGCUACUGCAUGUCUUUUCCUUGCUGCUAAGAAUGAAGAACAACCUCGAAAAUUGGAACAUGUUCUCAAGGUUUCCAUAAUUUGUCUGAAUAAACAACAUGGUCAUAAUUUUCAUCACAUUGAUAAUAAAUCUGAAGUUUAUUUAGAACAAGUACAAGACUUGUUAAAAAAUGAAGAAACAUUGUUAAAAACCUUAGGUUUUGAAACAGCCAUUGAUCACCCUCAUACUCACAUAGUAAGAUGUUGUCAUUUGGUAAGAGCCAGCAAAGAUCUUGCCCAGACAGCAUAUUUCAUGGCAUCUAAUAGUCUACAUUUAACCACCAUGUGUGUCCAAUACAAACCAACCAUUGUCGCUUGCUUUUGUAUACAUUUAGCUUGCAAAUGGUCAAAAUGGGAGUUAAAAGAUAGUAUGGAGGGAAAACCAUGGUUUUGGUAUGUAGAUCAAAGUGUAACAACUGAACUACUAGAACAAUUAACCACAGAAUUUUUAACAAUAUUUGAUAAAUGUCCAUCACGUCUAAAAAAACGAUUGGUGGCCACUAAUUCAAUGGACAAAAAUGGAGCAUUAGCAAAUUAUUGUUCUUCUCAACAAAUGCAAUCACCAACCCCUACUUUGCCUUCUAAUUACAAACACCAGGGUCAUUCUCGAAUGAUAAACACCAGGCCUACGCCGUCCAAAUUUCCUAAUCCUGUAGUCUUCCAACCUCCAACCAAAAUUAAUGGUGUUCCGGUUGAUCACAAAUUUGUAGUACCUGUUACUAGACCUAUUCCUUCUAAAGAGCAACCCACGCCAGUUGUUCCAAGUAAACCACUAGCACCAGUAAAACCUAAAGUUGAAAUACCAACAACAUUAAAUAAUAAUAUUAAAAAUGACAUUCUCCCACAAAGACCUAAAUCACUACCUAAACCUCCAGAACAUGUUAUUAAACAGGAUGUUGCUAUUAAACAAGAAAUGGUAGUCAAACCUGAACCUAUUCGAAAUCAGUUCUCUGUUGGCCGAGAUAACCAUUCUGAAGUAAUAACAAGUGUGCUCAAAGAAAUGACCAAGCUUAAUGAUUUAAAUAUUUUAUCUGUGAUCAAAUCUCCUCGAGAAUCUCCACCCAAAGUUAAAAAGCCAUCAAUAUUUAGUCCAGUACCUGAAGAUGAACCACAAGAUGUUAAACCUUUUAUAAUUAAAUCUGAACCAGCAGAAAAUAAUAUUGUUAUUAAAUCUGAACCAAUAGACGAAAGUUACAAUAAAUCUGAACCACUAAUAGAAAGUUAUGCUAAAUCUGAAACAAUACUAGAAACUUAUAUUAAAUCAGAGCCAAUGAGCCCUCAAAUACUGGAUGUACCUAAAUUUGAUCCAGAGUUAAUGUUGAAUCCUGUUGGUCCAACUGGUACUAUUGAAAUGGAUGGAGAAACUUGUAAUUUAAAUACACAUAAAAAGAAAAAGAAAAAACAUAAAGAAGAAAAACGUGAGAAAAAGAAACAUAAAAAAGAUAAAAAACACAAGGACGGAGAACAUAGACAUCACAAGCAUAAAGAUAAACACAAAGAACCGGAACCUAUUAGAAUUACAAUACCAAAAGAAAAAAUUAAGCAAAUACCACCUGUAGUUAUAACUACACCACAUUCUCCACCUAGAGGCAUUAAGUUAAAAAUUGCCAAAGAACGAAUAGGAGGUAGUGGUCCAGGUUCUGGAAGUAGUUUACGUAUUAAAAUCAGUAAAGACGACAGAGGAUUAAAAAGGGAUCAUAGUCCAAAUGAAACCACUCCGAAGAGAAAUCGUAAAGAACGAAGAGAUUCUGAUUCUGGAUUAGGUUUUAGUCAGAGUUAG